AUGCCUCCAACGCCGACAAAUCUCACAGUUGUGAUAGAAUUUAUCCUCAUGGGAUUUUCUACCAACAAAAAUAUAUGCAUUUUUCAUUUAGUGCUCUUCUUUUUUAUUUACUUCUGUGCUCUGAUGGGCAAUGUCCUCAUCAUCAUGAUCACAAUUUUGGACCAGAAUCUUCACACCCCCAUGUACUACUUAUUGAAUAAUUUAUCCUUUUUGGAUCUCUGCCUAAUUUCAGUCACCAUUCCUCAAUCCGUUGCCAACUCUUUGUCUCACAGUAACUCCAUCUCAUUCACUGGCUGCAUUGUCCAGGUCUUUCUGGUGGUUUUUUCAGCAACUACAGAACUAUACCUCCUGACAGCAAUGUGCUUUGACCACUAUGCUGCCAUAUGCCAUCCCCUGCACUAUGAAAUCAUCAUGAACAAAGACAUGUGUGUUCAGCUGACAGGUGUAUCUUGGCUGGGUGGGGGUCUGAUUGCUCUGAUGCACACAGUUGGUACUUUCUCCUUAUCCUACUGUGGGUCUAACAUAGUCCAUCAGUUCUUUUGUGACAUCCCCCAGUUAUUGGCUAUUUCUUGCUCAGAAAAUUUAAUGAUAGAAAUUGUACCUAUCCUCAUUAGUGUGGUGUUGGAUAUCUGUUGUUUUAUUUACAUCAUUAUUUCCUAUGUGAACAUCCUUUCCACUGUCAAGAAGAUUCCUUCAAGAGAAGGUCAGUCAAAAGCCUACUGCACUUGCCUUCCACAUCUGGUGGUAAUUACAUUAUUUCUCUUCACUGGCAUCUUUGCUUAUCUGAAGCCAGCUUCAGGGAUUCCUUCUAUUAGUGACCUUUUAAUUUCUAUGUUCUACACUAUGGUGCCUCCAACCUUCAAUCCCAUUAUAUACAGUCUAAGAAAUAAUGCCAUGAAAACAUCACUGCAGAGGUUGCUAAAAAAAACAUUCACCAAAAAGUGA